UCCACCCUUCUCUCUCAUCCUUCCUCUGCAUUAUUCUCUCUCCCCCGUCUCCACCUCCGCCUUUAUUCUCUCUCCUCUGCUAUGCGCUUGCUCUCCCCUCGUCCCUUCUCCACCUCCUCAUUCUGACACCGCACGAACAGGGCUCACCAGGAGAAAAAGUGAAGAAGGCAAACUAGGCGGGACAACAACGUGCUUGCCAUUUUCUCGAGGAGCAGCACUCGUGUAGGGGUGAGAAACAGCAUCAUGCAGCGCAACACCUAGGCCAUCAUGCGGCAGCUCUGGCCAGCCAUGAGAGCAGCAGCGCCAUGCAGCACGAAGGUUGGAUGGACAUGGGUAGAUGCGUGGCGUGGUGCGAUGUGAUAUUGCCUGGCUGCACACGCUCGCCGAGAAUAAGAGGAAAGGGAACCGGCGGCUGCUACCUGGCUUGGCAGGUGUGGCUUAAUAAUGUCACCAAGAGGAUUAGGGUAUAGGACCUGAUGCGAGGUGUGCGUUUUACUGCGAGAAGGGCAGCUAUGCAUGUCAAGACCCAAAUAUAGCCUCACUUGAUUACACUGCACUUGCGAUUGGACAACUCUGAGAUAUAGUUGAUUCUACUGGUUCAGAGUAUGGGUUCAAGGUUUCCAUCACAUCAGCUGAGCAAUGGCCUGUAUGUUUCUGGCCGACCUGAGCAACCUAAGGAAAAGGCCCCAACCAUUUGCUCCACUGCUAUGCCAUAUACUGGUGGUGACAUCAAGAAAUCUGGAGAGCUGGGGAAGAUGUUUGAUCUCCAUGUUGAAAAGUCCAGAAAAUCUGGUCCUCUAGGCAACACACCUUCAAGGAAUACUUCAUUUGGAGGUGCUGCUUCAAACUCUGGGCCUGUCUCCAAUGCCGGUGGUCGGUCCAACUACUCUGGUUCUCUUUCAUCUUCAGUUCCUGGCGCUGGUGGAUCAGCCAGAACAAAAUCAAACUCUGGACCGCUUAAUAAGCACGGAGAACCAACAAAGAGGUCAUCUGGUCCCCAGUCUGGGGGAGUGACCUCAAUGGCUCGCCAGAAUUCCGGCCCCCUCCCUCCUGUGCUUCCAACAACUGGGCUCAUCACAUCUGGGCCUAUCUCAGGGCCACUAAAUUCGUCUGGUGCUCAGAGAAAAGUAUCUGGGCCACUUGAUUCUGCUGCAUCCAUGAAAAUGCGAGCCUCUUCCUUUGCUCACAAUCCAGCUGUUACUAAUCUCAACACUGAAGAUGGUUACUCAAUUCAGGGAAGCUUUCCGAAGCCAAUACUCUGGGCUGUGAUUCUGCUCUUUGUGAUGGGUUUCAUAGCAGGUGGCUUCAUUCUUGGUGCUGUUCACAAUGCAAUUUUGCUGAUAGUUGUUGUGGUGAUAUUUGGUUUUGUUGCUGCACUUUUGAUCUGGAAUGCUUGCUGGGGAAGGAGAGGCUCAAUUGGGUUUGUUAAUCGCUAUCCUGAUGCUGAUCUCAGGACUGCCAAAGAUGGACAGUAUGUAAAGGUUACAGGGGUUGUUACUUGUGGUAAUUUACCCCUUGAGUCCUCAUUCCAAAGAGUCCCAAGAUGCGUGUACACUUCUACUAGCUUGUAUGAGUACAGGGGCUGGGAUUCCAAAGCGGCCAACACCAAGCAUCGCCGUUUUACCUGGGGUUUACGUUCAAUGGAGCGACAUGCGGUAGAUUUCUACAUCUCAGAUUUUCAAUCUGGGCUUCGAGCAUUGGUGAAAACAGGAUAUGGUGCACGGAUGACCCCGUAUGUUGAUGAAUCUGUUGUAAUUGACAUCAAUCCUGACAACAAGGAUAUGUCCCCUGAAUUUUUGAGAUGGCUAAGGGAAAGAAACCUUUCAAGCGAUGAUCGGAUAAUGCGCCUAAAAGAAGGAUACAUUAAGGAAGGCAGCACUGUGAGUGUGAUGGGGGUUGUCCAAAGGAAUGACAACGUGCUGAUGAUAGUUCCUCCAUCGGAGCCUAUCUCGACUGGUUGCCAGUGGGCCAAGUGCGUCCUCCCAACAAACCUUGACGGACUAGUCCUGAGAUGUGAAGAUACCUCAAAUGUCGAUGUCAUACCAGUUUAGCAAAGCUGGGUGCUGGAAAAAAAGUGCUUAUUAAAUCUUUCGACUUCAGAUUUGUUUCGUGGAAUUUUAGAAUUGAGAGAAAUCUGCAAAUGGUGGGUGUGAUUAUGGCAGGUUGAGGGUGGUUAAGCUGGGAUUGGGUUGUAUAGUCUUUUUUCAAGGUGUUUUAUCCCUUUUCUCUUUUUCCCCUUUUUUUUCUAUUUCCAGCUAUGAGCUCUGAAUACUUGCGUAACAUGAUUAUUACCAUGGUUAUGUUUGAAGGUAAGAACCGAGUUCAGAUGUUCUUGUA